AUGCUCACGGAGAUUUCCCAGGCCCCGUUGAAACCUCAUCAGAGGAUAACACUCCUGAAACGUCAUUGUGUGCCUAAACUCAUGCAUGACCUGGUGCUGGGCUCCGUAUACCGACAGACACUGAAGCGCCUUGAUGUACAAAUCCGACAGGCAGUGAGGACCUGGUUACGCCUUCCUGCAGACACGCCGACGGCUUUUUUCUACGCGCGUCUAACGGACGGUGGCCUCGGACUACCUUGCCUCUCAACUACUAUUCCACUUCUGAAGCGAAAACGUCUGGACUCACAGCUGUCAUCUGCGGAGGUUGCAGUCAGAGUGGUCGCGGCAUUACCAGCAGCCGUGGCAACCCUUCAUCAAGCCUCUCGCCCUGUGCUCCUACACCAGACUGUUAUAAACUCGAAGGACGAUGCGCGGAAGAUGUGGAAGGACCAGCUACACCGCUCAGCGGAUGGCCGCCCACUUGCCCAUAUCGGGACCUCUGCCUGUGUUCACCACUGGCUAUCCUCUCCUGACCGAUUGUUCCCCUGGCUCUACUUGCGGGGCAUUCAGCUUCGUGCUGGUGUCUUGUCAACGAAAGCCCGAAGGAGUAGGAGAAAAGGGCUCCCUGAUACCCUCUGUCAUGGGCAAUGCGGCCAAGUUGAAACCCUCCCCCAUAUUCUGCAGUGCUGUCAAUUGACAAAGGAUGCGCGGAUCUGGCGUCACAAUAGCAUUAUGAAAUCUGCUGCCGCGAAGAUGAGGAGAAAUAAAUCCGAUGUGCUUCUGGAGCCUCAUGUCCCUGAAGGGUCCUCAUAUCGCAAGCCCGAUAUUGUUGUUUGUGAGAAGGGGGCCAUCCACGUCAUCGAUGUUGUAGUUGCCGGUGAGGGCUACAUGGACCGAGUGUACACGGGAAAAGUAAAUCGUUACUCUACCGAUGAAAUCGCCAACAAUCUUCGCGCAAUCUUCGGAAAGCCGAGCGAUUACCCGGUCCUGUACAAGCCGGCGAUAUUCUCAUCACGAGGCGGAAUUCUCAGGAGUUCGGAAAGGCACCUGAAAACCGUCGGAUUAACGGACUAUGAUAUCUCUGAUCUGUGCGUCUGUGCCAUACGGGGAUCCCUAAAGGCAUAUGAUGUCUACACACGUGGGGCCGGUGGCCGCCGAAGACAACCACCAACGGCGAUGCGGCAAUAG